AUGUCGUCGUCCCAUUUCAACAGCUCAUCAGCAGCAGCUGUUGCCGCCUUUCAUCUUCUGGGCCUUCUCCUAUUCUGCAGUUUCUUCCAUGGCCAUGCAGCAGCAGUCCGCCAUCACACGUUUGUGGUCAAAGAAGCUCCGUUCACUAGGCUGUGCAGCACUAAGAACAUCAUGACCAUCAACGGCAAUUUCCCUGGAGAGACCUUGUACGUGAACAAAGGAGAUACCCUCAUCGUCGACGUCGUUAACAGUAGCCCUCACAACAUCACCAUCCACUGGCACGGAGUGAAUCAGCCGAGAUAUCCAUGGGCAGAUGGUCCCGAAUACAUCACACAAUGUCCAAUUCAGCCCGGUGGGAAGUUUACCCAAAAAGUCAUCUUUACGACUGAGGAAGGCACUCUGUGGUGGCAUGCGCAUAGCGAGUGGACUCGUGCCACCGUCUAUGGUGCAAUUGUAGUCUACCCCAAGAAAGCCGACACUUUUCCCUUUCCCAAGCCUCAUGCAGAUGUCCCCAUUAUUUUUGGGGAGUGGUGGAAACAAGACAUAUUCGAGCUAUUCGAGAACUUUCUCCAAUCAGGAGGAGAUCCCGAAGUCUCCGAUGCAAUCACUAUCAACGGUCAACCUGGUGAUCGAUUCAAUUGCUCUACCCAAGACAUGUUCAAGGUAGCAGUGGAGCAAGGGAAAACAUACCUUCUCCGCCUGAUCAACGCAGCCAUGCAAGACAUCCUCUUCUUCUCCGUCGCCAACCACCGGCUCACGGUGGUCGGAACCGACGGCACCUACCUCAAGCCAUUCGAAUCCGACUACAUCACCAUCUCACCCGGCCAAACCAUCGACGUCCUCCUACACGCCAACCAACCCAUCGACAACUACUACAUGGCCGCCAAAUUCUACUCGAGCGCACGCGCCGCCGUCAACCUCAACACCACCACCGCCAUGCUCCGUUACAAACGCGCCGCCGCCAAUAGUACCACCACCACUCUCUCCCUCCCAGCUCUCCCGGCCACGGCCGACACCAACGCCUCCGUCAACUUCACCGCCCGCUUCCGGAGCUUGGCCGACAAGAAACACCCCAUCGACGUUCCCACAAAAGUGGACACCAACUUGUACUUCACCGUCUCCAUGAACGUGCUCCCCUGCCCCAACAGCUCCAACUGCACGGGUCCCAACGGGGACAGGCUGGCAGCGAGUGUCAACAACGUUAGCUUCGUGCCCACGACGUCCAUGGACGUGCUGCGGGCCUACUACGAAGGGAUCGGCGGGGUUUACGGGGAUGAUUUCCCGGCAAAGCCGCCGGUGAGUUUCGACUUCACCAACUUGACCAUCCCGGCAGUGUACAGGACGCCGGCGACCGGAAAUAAGGUGAGGGUGCUGGAGUAUAACUCGUCCGUGGAGCUUGUUUUCCAAGGAACCAAUUUGCUGGGCGGAGUUGACCACCCGAUGCAUCUCCACGGGACCAACUUCUACGUGGUGGGGUCGGGGUUUGGCAACUUUGACCGGGUCAACGACCCGAACGGCUACAAUCUGGUGGACCCUCCGUUUCAGAACACGAUUGCCGUUCCCAGGAACGGCUGGGUUGCCGUCAGGUUCCGGGCCACCAAUCCUGGGGUUUGGUUCAUGCACUGUCAUUUGGAGCGUCACGCUUCCUGGGGGAUGGACAUGACCUUCAUUGUGAAGGACGGCAAAGGGAAGAACGCCAAAAUGCUGCCACCGCCGCCGGACAUGCCCCGCUGCUAACAUCAUUUCAUUGCUCCGUCCAAUCCAUGCAUGAUAAAAACCGAUACAUGGUGAUCAUAAGAUUAAUUACUAGUUUGACAAUAUAUAAUUAACUGUUGAGGAGGUUGCAGUUACGUACUUCGAUUUCUUUAUUUAUUUAAGAUUCUUUUGAGUUCAAAAAGCUGUUAUUCAUUGAUUUCUGUACUUUUCUUUUGAUUCGUUUUAAAUUUGUUCGCAC